AUGGGUCACUGGGCAAUUGCUGCUGCUUUGGCAACCCUUUUGCCAGCCGGUAGUCUGGCAUUGACAUUGAGCAGCACCGCAUCAUCAGCCACGACUACAGCCGCCACCGCGUCCACCAUUGUCACCUGUACCACAGGAAUUCCCAACUUGAUCGUCAACCCGUCCUUUGAAGAUGGCUUCAGUAGCUGGGGGUUUGCCUCCGGUACCUCCGGAUCCGUCGUCAGUGGACAUGCGUCGGACGGCAGCUAUUAUCUCGCGGCCACUGACAUACAAACGCACUCCGGCAUCAUGAUCUACCAGUAUGUCACCGGUUUCAAGGCAGGCAUGACAUACACAGCAUCGUUGGACUGGUCCCUGUCGGCGCUUUCAAGUGGCAUUUCACAGAGCUGCCACCUUUAUUGGUAUAUGGACAGUUAUGGCAGCACAAUUGGCAGUACCAGUGCCACCCUCACGACUAACAGCAUGGACUGGACCCAUUUUGCUACCGUCUAUACACCUUCCACCGAUGGAACUCAUUUGUUGGAGAUCUAUGCAUUCUGCCAAGCUAGCGUCGCAUCGUUCACAGGUGCUGCAAUCAAGCUUGAUAACAUUAAAUUAAGUAACGGCGUUGCGACUACUUCCUGCACCACCUCUACGGUGACCCCGACGGCGAUCUCUGUGUUUUCGACCAGUUCCAGCGCUGCAGUACCGCCUACCGUCACUGCUAGUUCCUCUGCUGUGCCAUCUAUGAUUUCUUCUUCGGCGGCAGUCUCGUCUUCUGCCGUUCCACCCGUCAUUAGUUCUAGUUCGGCAGUACCAUCCAUGAUUUCUUCUUCGGCGGCAGUCUCGUCUCCCGCCAUUCCAUCCGCCAUUAGUUCUAGCUCUGCCGUUCGAAUCCCGAGCAGCAUCCCCUCCUCUUCCGCCGCCGUCUCUUCUCUGCCCAGCACCUCACAAUCUGUGAUCCCUCCGGCCCAGGCAACCAGCGGCAGCCCGACUAGCAGUAUGCCCACCACACGAAGAUGCUUAAAGUCGACCACUUUAACCAGUGUCCCUGUCGCAAGCCAGACUACUACCUCCGGGGACGACAGCCAACAAUUCACCACCUCAACAGUCUUCAGCACACUCACCGCCACCAUCACCGCUUGCCCAUCUACUGUAUCCGACUGCCCCGCAAACUCCCGCACUACGUAUGUUACUACUGAGACCGUGGUGCUGUCCACCACCAUCUGCCCCGUUACUGCGGUGGCACACACGACCUCUGUCCCUGGCUCUGGCUCUAGCUCUGGCUCAGGAUCAGGCUCAGGAUCAGGAUCGGGUUCAGGCCCGAGCUCAGGUUCCACCUCUGGCUCAGGUUCUGGCUCUGGCUCUGGCUCUGGCUCUGGCUCUGGCUCAGGUUCUCUUGCAACAGCCGUCGUCAGUUCCUCGACCACUAAACCCACUGGCCCGAGCGCGACGAGUAGUGCCACUGGUACCUUGUAUACUGGUGCCGGCUCAACAGAACAUGUCAGUCUUCCAGGGGUAAUUUCCUUGGUGGCGAUGCUUCUGUAUAGCAUCUACUAG